AAUCCUAGGCGGCGUCUCCUGGCCAUUACCUCAUUCCCUGGCCUCGUUCUCCCCAAUCCUGGUCUCUCCAGGGGUGUGGCAGCGGAGCUGUUCUCGCGACUUUUGCUCUACCCUUCUGCUGUGCUACUCCUGUCGCGAGACUUCCUGCUCAUCGGCCGCUCCCUUUGCCGCCGCCUUAGCCGGGGACCUGAACCCAGCCUCUCCCCUACCCGAACACCGUCCCCAGCUCUACUGAGGCCCCGGUCCCCCAGCCCCGUCUCGCCGCCGCCAUGGCGGACCCUAAAUACGCCGACCUUCCCGGCAUUGCCAGGAAUGAGCCAGAUGUUUAUGAAACCAGCGACCUACCUGAGGAUGAUCAAGCGGAGUUCGAUGCGGAGGAGCUGACAAGCACAAGUGUAGAGCACAUCAUUGUCAAUCCUAAUGCUGCCUAUGACAAGUUCAAGGACAAGAGAGUGGGAACAAAGGGACUUGAUUUCUCAGAUCGUAUUGGAAAAACCAAGAGGACAGGCUAUGAAUCUGGAGAAUAUGAGAUGCUUGGAGAGGGUCUGGGAGUGAAGGAGACACCCCAGCAAAAGUACCAGCGCUUACUUCAUGAGGUCCAAGAGCUGACAACUGAAGUUGAAAAAAUCAAGACGACAGUGAAGGAGUCAGCCGCAGAGGAGAAGCUGACCCCUGUGGUGCUGGCUAAACAGCUGGCAGCCCUGAAGCAGCAGCUAGUUGCUUCCCACCUAGAGAAGCUGCUGGGACCAGAUGCUGCAAUCAACCUUACUGACCCCGAUGGUGCUCUGGCUAAGCGCCUACUGCUGCAGCUGGAAGCAACAAAGAACAGCAAAGCAAGCUCAGGGGGAAAAACCACUGGGACCCCCCCAGAUAGCAGCCUUGUCACUUAUGAACUACAUUCUCGGCCUGAGCAAGACAAGUUCUCUCAAGCUGCCAAAGUCGCAGAACUUGAAAAGCGCCUGACAGAGCUGGAGGCAGCUGUACGUUGUGAUCAGGAUGCUCAGAAUCCCCUUUCUGCAGGUCUACAGGGAGCCUGUCUCAUGGAGACUGUAGAGUUGUUGCAAGCAAAAGUGAGCGCCCUGGACCUUGCAGUUUUAGACCAAGUGGAGGCUCGGCUACAGAGCGUCCUGGGAAAGGUGAAUGAGAUUGCCAAGCAUAAAGCCUCUGUAGAAGAUGCAGAUACACAAAGCAAGGUGCACCAGCUGUAUGAAACUAUACAGCGCUGGAGCCCCAUUGCCUCCACCCUCCCUGAGCUGGUGCAGAGACUCGUCACCAUCAAGCAGCUGCAUGAGCAAGCCAUGCAGUUUGGUCAGCUCCUGACACACUUGGAUACCACCCAGCAGAUGAUUGCUAAUUCUCUGAAGGACAAUACCACCCUCUUGACCCAGGUGCAGACAACCAUGCGUGAAAACCUGGCCACAGUUGAGGGGAACUUUGCCAGCAUUGAUGAACGGAUGAAGAAGCUGGGAAAGUGAGCACAUCUGGGAACUGGAGAACAGGGGUAAUCCCUACCCCUGUGAACUCUGCUAACAGCUUACAUAGGGCUUCCCCUUUACUGUAACUCUAGCAUCCCCAUCCCAUUUGACACUGGGGGCAAGGGUUCUUCUUGCAUGUGGGGUUUAUACCCCUCCCCUGAUGAAUACAGAGUUGGUAGCUGGGGGUUGGUUAUUAGAAGGUGGUCUCCCCUCAGGCCUGAGGGAUGAGGACGUGGACGCAGCCGCAUGCCAGCUCAUGUCCAAUACUGCUUUGCCUGGUGUGGGGAAGGAUUGGGUCUUGUCCUCCAACACAGCUUCUGUGGCUGACUGUUAGUGUACAACCAUUUCUGAUCAUUAAAUGCUGUUGUACUCUGUGUGGCCUCUGCUAUGUUUCCUGGGGAGGAGGCAGCACUAGGACACAAAUAGACAUUCAUAGCAUAAUAGGCAGUCUAAGCCACUCUAUACUACAAGAGAUGAAAUUUAAAUUGUAACCUGUUCUUACCAAAGAACUAAAUUAAAAAAUGAGUACAGAGCCAGA